AUGCGCUGGCGCGCCAUUGUCUUAACCUGCGUCUACGAUAUUGACGCGUCUGCCGUUGCAUCGGUUAUGGGCGUGUCGACCCGCUCAAUUUACCGGUGGGGUUUGUUGUUUCGACGGCGUGGUAAUGUCAUCCCCAAUGCUAGUAUUACAAGGAAACAACGCUGGUCGCCCGAGUGCAUCGCGUUUAUCAUGGGCUACGUGGUCGAGCACCCAUCAUUCUACGUCGAAGAACUUCAAGAAGCUCUCCGGCGUACGUUC